AGUUGAAAGUGCAUGACACAUCAAGGAAGAUUCGUCAUCUCACUUCAGUGCAUUGUUGUACAAGAACGUACACAUGCCUGCUCUUUGUUUUUUAUUCCUGUCCAUCCUGAGCCAAGUUUGCUCAGAGGCCCUCAAAGUCAUCGGUCAUGUCGGGCAUGAUAUCACAUUGCCUUGCGCCUAUGACGCCCGAGCUCAUGGCUCUCUGAGUUUCUGUUGGGGUCGAGGAGAGGUACCCACUUUCAAAUGCUCCGAUUACAUCAUUUCCGCCGAAGAUGGGGCGGUUGUCUUCCUCAGUGAGCCCAGGUACCAGCUGCUGGGCCGUGGGGGUGACGGUGACGUGUCCCUGACCAUCCACAACGCCCAGCCCAGUGAUGCUGGGGUGUACGGCUGCAGGGUGGAGUUGCCAGGGUGGUUCAAUGACCACAAAGUCAACACGUAUUUGGUGGUAGAGGAAGCUCCUUUGCAACAGCCCGUCACUCAAGACACUGUACAUCCAACAGCUGGAAUACAACAGGACGUUCCAGGAGAUACAUUAAAGAGCACUAAAAGAGAUGAGGAAAACAUCAAAGUGUUCCAAGAAGUGGGGAACAUUUGCAGGCUGGCAGCUGUAAUCUCAUUUACCGUCAUCAUAAUCACAAUCUUUGUUUCCUCAGGGAGAAGGAGUCGUCCUCUUCAGCAUUUGAAAACAUCAACUAUGGAGAAUAUUUAUCAAAAUGUUUAACGUUAGCACGCCAAUUCUUUGGAAGAAGUGUGUGUGUAUGUAUAUAUAUAU